AGUGCUUUCACAUGUGACCUUUUAUGGAACCUUCGCAGCCAUCCUAUGAAGUUGUAGAUUUUUCCCAUUUUACAGAAGAGUACAGAAGGCUUGAGUCGUUAGUUAAGUUGUGCAAAAUCAUACAGUGGUUUCAGAGACUAUGGAUUUACUCUUCAGAAUCCGAGGAGGCCUUGAUCUAGCUUUUCAGCUAGCCACUGCUAAUGACAUUUUUAUCCAGAAGGCACUAAAACAUGUGUUGAGUGACCUGUCCGCCAAGCUGUCUUCAAAUGCACUGGUGUUCAGAAUUCGCCACAGCUCGGUGUAUGUGUGGCCUAACAGUGACAUGAACACCAUCCCAGGAGAGCUGACAGAUAGUUCUGCUUGUAAAACCUUACUGCGCUUCAUCCAAUUUGAACAGGAAGAAGAUACAAAACGAAAAUUCAUGAGGAAGAAAGACAAAAAGUUAUCAGAUGUGCAUCAAGUAGUAAACAUAGAUCUCAUGCUGGAAAUGUCAACCUCUCAGACCGCCGUAACCCCCGUCAUUGAAAGAGAAAUCGGAGAACACCACUAUGUGACCAUGACGUUGCCGGUUGAUGUAGUUUUAUCUGUUGCCCCCGAGGAAGCAUGGGGAAAAGUUCGUAAACUUCUAGUGGAUGCAAUUCAUAAUCAGUUAACUGAUAUGGAAAAGUGCAUUUUGAAAUAUAUGAAAGGAACAUCCAUUGUGGUCCCUGAACCACUGCACUUUUUAUUGCCGGGGAGAAAAAAUCUUGUAACGAUUUCAUAUCCAUCGGGAAUUCCAGAUGGGCAGCUGCAGGCCUACAGAGAGGAGUUACACGAUCUCUUCAGUCUGCCUCAUGACAGACCUUACUUCAAAAGGUCUAAUGCUUAUCACUUUCCAGAUGAGCCAUACCAAGAUGGUUACAUUAGAAAUCCACACGCUUACCUCAGUCCACCCAACAUGGAGACUGGCAUGGUUUAUGUGGUCCAGGGCCUGUACGGUUAUCAUCAUUACAUGCAGGAUCGGAUGGAUGACAACGGCUGGGGCUGUGCCUAUCGAUCACUGCAGACCAUCUGCUCUUGGUUCAAACACCAGGGAUACACAGAGAGGUCCAUCCCAACACACAGAGAAAUCCAGCAGGCUCUAGUUGAUGCCGGGGACAAACCAGCAACUUUUGUGGGAUCACGGCAGUGGAUUGGAUCUAUCGAGGUACAGCUGGUACUGAACCAACUGAUUGGCGUAACUUCAAAAAUACUGUUUGUCAGCCAGGGUUCGGAAAUGGCCGCUCAGGGACGGGCACUGGCCAAUCACUUCCAGAGUGAAGGAACUCCGGUGAUGAUCGGGGGAGGAGUUUUGGCCCACACGAUACUGGGAGUUGCAUGGAAUGAGAUUACAGGGCAGAUAAAAUUUCUGAUUUUAGAUCCACAUUAUACAGGCGCCGAAGAUCUGCAGGUUAUUUUGGAAAAGGUAAGUAUCUAUUUAACACAAAUUUAGAUACAAGACAAAGAAACCAGAGCGAAAGGAUAGUGAAGUGGCUGUUAACAGAGGGACGGAUAAUAAACCAAGGGCAGCGACCCUCAUUAUAAGGAGGCAUCUAGGGCUAUAGUGAGUGACUGUCUCUCACCAUAGCCCUAUAUAGGGAGGAUAAGAGGGAAAUGAAGUAAAUUGCAGAAGAAACAUUUUGGGUUAGGGUUAUAAAAAAUGUUCUGUUAUUGAACUUAAUAAUGGAGCACAAAGCUCAUAAAUGUAUUCCUUUGGAGAUUUUUCAGCUUUGCACAACAAAUGUAUUGAGGUCUAUCAAUUACUUGAA